GCCGUAAGAGCACGCGCGUGAGUGUGCGCGCGCGCACGAGCCGAGGCAGCAGAGAGGGCUGGACAGAUCGACCGCGGGAAGCCGCGGGAGCGUCGCUUCGCCCGCGAAAGCAGAAUAUUAGAGUUGAAACGUGCCGCACGAGGGCAGAUGAGUUGAGAGUCGUGCGCAGCUUCACCUCUUCGCCCCAUCUUCCUUCAUCUCUCUGUCACCGUGGACGCGGCGGUUUUCUUCACUUUUGCCGUCGGAGGCGCCUUUUGGGAUAUGAGAUGACGGAAAUCAGCGACAAGGAGAAUGAGCCCCAGAACCGGGACCUUCACCGACCACAGGCUGCUGUUCCGAUCCAACCCGAGUCAAAGCUGCAGCGGCUGAAGCGCUCCCUGUCCCUCAAAUCAGUCAUGCGCAGCAAAAGCGUGGACAACUUCUUCCAGCGCAGCAACGGCGAAGCCCGGCCUCCGUCCGGCGUCAUAGCGACCCCCCCGCCGCUGCCGUCGCCCCCCCCCUUCGCCGACUCCCCGCUGGCGUACGAGCGCUCUCCGUCGCUGUCUCCCUCCGUCAGCCCCAACCUGUCGCUGUCGUCGCGCUCGCCCUCCAUCAGUCCUUCGCUGUCCAUCGCCUUCAAACCUCAGCCAAAGUCUCAGGGCCAGACUGUGCAGCCGGUCAAGACCCACUGUUUCCAGGAGCACGUCUUCCGCCGGGCCGCCACCUGCCAGCAAUGCAAACACAUGAUCCAAGGGAACUCCAAGCAGGGGCUGCGCUGCAAAGCCUGUAAGCUGGCCGCACAUCUGUGGUGCUCGUCGGAGCUCUCGCAGCAGCCCUGCAACGGCAAGACGGGAGCUUUCAAGAGGAAUUUCAGCUCUCCUUUACUCACCAGCGACCCGCUGGGUGUGGUCAGAGAGGCUCCCGCUGCUCAGGAGGCAGAAAACAGCACCGUGGACCCGAUAUAUGAGGCGCUCCGCUACGGGACGUCGCUGGCUCAGAUGAGCCGCUCCAGCUUCAGCAGCAUCUCUGAGUCGCCCUUUCACGAGGCAGAAAAACCACAAGACAAACUGGAAAACCAGCCGAUAGCAGAGGAGGAGAGCAUCCCGGGAAUGCUCACCCCUCCUGAAAGCGAGAAGGCGGAUUCUGAAGACCGGGUCAGCCUCAAGACUCCAAAACGAGUAGAGGUUCACUCCAUCCACACCUACGUGGCCCUCUACAAGUUCCUGCCUCAGGAGAAGGACGACCUGGAGCUACAACCUGGUGACAGGGUCCAGGUCACAGAUGACUCCAAUGAGGACUGGUGGAAGGGGAAAAGCAAAGCCAAGGUGGGUUUUUUUCCAGCCAACUUUGUGCAGCGGGUUCGUCCUGGGGAGCGGGUGUGGAAGGUCACCGCUGGUUUCCACGGCAACCGAGACAAAGGCCAGAUGACUGUGAAAGAAGCCCAGAUCUGCGUGGGGAAGAACGAGGAGACCGACGGGUUCCUGCGGCUGAGCAGCGGGAAGAAGAGAGGCCUGGUCCCGGUGAAGUUCCUAUUAGAAAUAUGACGGCGCAGUCCCGCUCCAUGAGCCUCAUCUGACAGAGAAGUUCACUACGAUGGAGGAAAACUCAGGAGUGUUUACCCAACACCUCACUGACCGCAAACCCAGCACCUCCACCCUUCUUUAAAGUGGCAGAGAUUUGCAGCUUUAGUGGACGUCGGACCACGACUCGCAUUGAAGGGAAGAGACGAGCUACUUUUCCUGUAGCACAACUUUCCUCAGUGCGGUUUUAUACAGACUCACAACAGAAAUGUAGCAUCUUAUUUAAAACAGGAAACGUGGGCAGGAAGCGUGGAUACUGUACCUCACUCGCCAACCCACUGGCGAAGCAUCUGCAACUAAGGGGAGAGGACUGUUGCAUUAUGAUGUCAAGGCGUGUCCAAGUCCGUGCCUAAAAGUGUUUGUGAGCAAACUGUUGAAUGUGCGAAGAAAACAAAAGAUGAGCCGUCGUAGGACGCUGUAGUUGUUUGUAGUAGUUGCUUGGUAAGAAGUGGCUUAACUCAAGGUACAAACCACCAAGACCCACUUCCAUGUGCACGUGUCCGCUGUUGCAGUCUGGAGCCAUGAUGUGCAUAUGCGUCACCCUUAGUCUGACUGAAAAUGAUUCAGGUACUACAUUAUGUUAAAAAAAUAGACAAGUAAAGCAAAGAACAAAGUCGUGGGCUCCAUUCUGGUCAAAUAGAAGUCAUAACUCACACGCCCACGCCGGCACGCUGGGGUUCCUGUAAUUCCGCCUGCUCCCCGGUGAUUAGAUUGCAGCGGCGCUUCGCUCGUCGCAGCUCCGAUGUGACAAAUGCUUUGCGCGCACCUCGGGGAGCGUCUUUCUCAGUGUGCCCUUCAAUCACGGCCUUCGCUGCACACUCGCAUCCUCCGGCCGCUGGAACCCGCUUCAUGUUUAUCUCCACGUAAUGGCCUGCGCUCACUCUGUGUGUGUGUGUCUGUGUGUGUGGCGUGUCUCCACUCUCUGACGCGCUUGCUUUUCAUUCAGGAUGAAGCCACACAAAGAAAUAUUGUAAUUAUGUUAUGGAUAAAAGCCUAACUCAUUGUUACUGUAUUUGUCCAAAUGGGGAGAAGCUGCUAAAGAGUAGAAUUCUUGAUGAAUGGCUAAUAUUUAUCCCAGCACACGCGAUUUAGUUACUCAAGGGGACUGUUACUAUUCUAUAAUCAAAGGUGGUAAAAGGCCAAAUCACCUCAGACCGUUUGAUUUAUUGCUCUGUCAUAUAUCCUAUAAGGCAGUGGAAACCGCCUUUGUUGCAGCAAUAAGUGUAAAUACAAUAUGACAGUAUAUGUAAAUAGCCUUAUAAACACUGUACAUAGUAGCACUCUGACCAGGAGGUUUGCAGCUGUUCACAAUUUCAGAAAGGGCAUUAACUCCACAACUAGAAACUGCAGGAGAUUAUGAUUUAUACUCCACUUUCUAAUGUAUGCACCUCUUUGCUGAACUAACAUCUCGCCCUGUCAGCACAAACCCGUUCUGAUACUAUGCACAACCGUUCUAGUCACUCGCUUUGUUUCAUGUACUCGGCCUGUUCCACGCGUAGCCACACCUCGCGCUUUCGCCAAGAUUUGAAUUCACAGGCCGGCUUCAAGAGCGCAUUCGGCUUCGAUAGCGUGUCGCUCCUCGACAUUAGCCUCGCUGACUAGAAGCACUAUCGGCUCAGGAUCAGUGUCUCCCAGGUGAAUUCGCUUCGUCGCCACCACCGGGCCGGUUUCGCUGCAUGGCUGCCUGCCCUGCGAUCGUCACAAAUCUCAAUAAAGUCGGCUGAAAAGUCAAA